AUGUCUGCUGCUACCCAGACUUUCUACCACCGGUCAUAUUACCCGCACCGCGCCUUCAUUGGCAUUUUGUUCUGGAUCAUCACCUACAUCUUUUGCACGAGCAUCAACGCCUUCGCCUCCCCCUCACCUCUUUUCCGUUUCGGUCUGAACUUCAUCAGCGGCGCUGCACUCGGCUCCAUCAUCGUGACGUGCGUGUGGCUGAUCCUUAUCGAUCCGGAGAUGACUUGGAAUACAACCAAAUGGGUUAGGGGCGCCUGGGAUGGGGGAGAGGGUAAUAGACGGAUGGUGGCACGGCAGAUUAGAGUCAAGAGACCGAUCAUGGGCUUUGCGUGCAUGAAGUAUUCUGUGGAGAGUCCGGAGGAUGGGGAGGUUUGGGUCGAUGGUUAUAAGCAUGAGGAGGCGCUGCUUCAGCUUUGA